AUGGAGACGGUUUUUUCGGUACCUACCUCUAUUUCUGUCACCGAAAGUGGUGUUCCAAGUACCAUUCACAUCGAUGUCAAUAUCGGAUCUGUCCAGUCUGCUUCUUCAAAAUAUUCACACCCAACGUCUUUGGGAAUCGACUGUUCGGACCACGCAUCGGAUGUCUUGAGUGACCUUGCUCCAUCUCUCUCCUUGACGAAUAUAGCGCCCGGAAAUUCUUCAGAUCACCGUUUGUUACGGUUCACGGAUGAUCUUGGUUUGUGUAUAAAGCAUUCCCCCGACGUGUCACCCUUAGCUGAUGAUGACGAAGAUGUCCGAUCUCUCCUGGCAGCAGCAGCAGCUGUCGCUGCUGCAGACAGUAGAGUCCAACAAGGCUCGGCAACAGUUCGUUCAUCCUCCGGACUUAACACUCCUCCAGAUUCUAGAGGUGGUCGACUUAUGGAUACUAUCACCUGCAGACCAAUGUCAGUGGGUGUAAUUGAUCAAACUCAGGCUAUUCACUCUACAAACAGUGUUCCAAUGUUAGUUUCGCGUCACAACUUGACAGGAACACCUUAUGUAAACAAUGGCGAUCCACUUACAAUUUUACUUCAAACAUCUACUACACAGUCUAUGCCUGCCAGUUAUGUGCUAUCUUCAAGCGUUCCCACUCCAUGCAGUUCACCUCUGACAUUCCGAUCUCAUUCUCCUAUUCGGACCCCUCAUUUAGACAGCAGACAUGUUUCAGCAAUGCUUCAUCAUAGUUUAUCCUGUAAAUCUCAUCCUAUCGAAAAUCAACGUACAAAUGCUUCGUUCCCAUCACUUUCUCAUUUACAUUCUCCAGAUACACCCCCUUCACAUAUGGACAGUUAUACAAACUGUAAAAAUAAAAAUAAUCAGGUUUUCGAUACAAACCUUUUAAUUUUAGAGAAUACAAUUCAUUCACCCUGUGAAUCACUAAGUCCUCCACAAUUGUUAUCGGGAUGUAAUUCAUCUAGUCGCGUGUCUGGACCUCCGUGUUUGCCAGUCAGUGAGCAUAAUGCGUCAAUAGUUUUAAGCCCAGGAAAUGUAUCAACAGACUUUAACGCCUGCACAUCAAUGAGCAUGAAUAAUAUGUCAGAUAAUGUCCCUCAUAACUGGAAAAAUACUGCUCCUUGUGACACAGAUAUUCAAGUUAAAACGUGUAAACUUUUAGAUAGCAGUCUUGAUUCUGUGUCUAAAGCUACUGAUGAGAAUUUGAUGGAUCUUGAACAAGUUAUUUCAUCGCACUCAGCGUCGUUACCGGCUGUUGACGAUGAAUAUUUCUUGAAAACAUCUGAUGAUUUUCAUGUAGAAACAGUGGUUAAUAUAGAUCUCGGUUGUAUUCCUCAUCCAGAUAAAAUUCAUUCGGUAAGCAGCAGCACUCCGACUUCUCCCAAAAUAUCUGUCGUUUGUUCUGCUGAACCUGAUUUCCCUGAAAUUUACGCAGAUAUCUCCGAAGGAAAUGGAACUACCAACUCUGUGAUAUUACCCCAUGAGCCAUCAAAUGGCGAUCAACCAACAAUAACCCUGUCUUCAAACAAAAAGCAUGCAUCUGUUAUGACAUCCAGUGAAAGUGCAGACAAUUUCAAAUGUAAAGUCGAGAAUCGAGAUAACGAUUGUCUUAUUUCAACAUGUUUGAUGAAUGCAUCUGAAUCACACAAUAAUGGUAGCGAAUGUAAAACAACAUCUGAUUCUCCUCCUGUUCAAACGGUUGCUACUGGAGAAUUAUGGGAAACUGAAAGUCUGCCAGUGAUCGAUACUUCUGGGAUUCCUAAAUCACCGAUCAAGGAUGUAACCCAUGCUAAUUUGAGUGACGAGGAUCAAGAAGUACUUUUCAAAGCACAACAUCCUGAUGACAUCUUAGAAGAAGAUUCAGGUGAACCUAAUGACCAUUCUUCUGUCCAUUCCUCAUGUAAAGACGAUGAAGUUUACAAUGAUGCGGAGUAUGCAGCUGCAGCUGUUGCAGCUGUUGACGAUGUAGUUUAUGCUUUGGCUGGGAAUCGUAAACCCGACCCAUCUCUGACUCUUGAUCCAGCUUUAGAAGGAACAGGAACAGAUCGCUUAUACAAUUUGAGCUUAGCUCCGGCUCAUGGUGAAUUAAACAAUUCACAAACGAACGUUUCCAAUACUACAAACUUUGUUACAACUAACACAAAUUCGGACCAUCUGCUUACUUUGCCUUCUGGCAACAAUCAGGAUAGUAACCGUUUUCAUCAAUCAGUGGUUGUUAAUGAAUCUUCAGAUGGUGAAGUUGGCUCAGAUCACCUUUCCAGAAGCCUUCUUAGUGUUACUCCUAACAACUGGAAUAAAAGUGAUUUGAAAGGUGAAUUUUUAUGUCUGACCUGUCAUAAAGUAUUUCCACAAAAGGCUUUGCUUCUGAAACACCGGAUCAUGCAUGAAGAACCAAAACACAUGUGCGACACUUGUGGUCGUAGCUUUGUUCGAGAGGAUAAACUCAAGCGUCAUGUGAUGUCCAUCCAUACAACUGAGAAACCUCAUGUUUGCCACAUAUGUAGCAAGGCAUUUUCUCGCAAAGAUAAACUCAAAGAUCACUUAAAGCACCACGAUCGUGCAGCCAGAAAUUUCGAAUGCCAACAAUGUCAGCAACCGUUUGUACAGAAAUCCGAUCUCAACAGGCAUAUCCGUGGAGUACAUCAGGGUGAACCAGGAGUUGGUAUAAACAUGACAGUUAAACGGAAAGCACCAGGUUCAGCUCCACCACGUUUACCGAAACGAAGAUCCAAGCCACAUCAGAUAGUACUGAGUUGA